AUGAGCAGCCUGCGAAUGAUACCUAAGGACGACGAAAACGAUGAUGCUGCAGAGGUUACCUGGGAAGACCAGCAACGUAUCAACACAUUUUCGAAACUGAAUACACGAAUGCGUAGUAUUGAUGAAAAACUGGAAGAACUAAAGCAAGAGAAAGAAGCCUUAGACGAUCUCUCUACUGAACUAGAGCUUGCGGAUGAAGAUGACCCUGUCUUGUACAAGGUCGGCGAGACCUUUCUGCACAUGCCUCAUCCACGCGCUAUGAAACGACUCGAAAGGGACCAAGCCGCAAUUGACUCUCAAGUGUCAAUGCUUGCUGCCAAAUCUGAGGCGUGCCAAAAAGAAAUGAACGAGCUAAAGGUCGUUUUGUACGCAAAAUUCGGACGCGCCAUUAAUCUCGAUGAGUAA